AUUGAUCAGCUGCCGACAAUAAACAUCCAUUAACCAGUCACCCCUUCUCGAUACCGGACGAUUGAUGACAUCCAAGCCGAGAAAACCCGACAAACUAACACGAUCUGUGAACCAUAGCGAAUCAAACCUCGAUCUCACCGUUCGUAAGACAGACUUUUGGACCAGAGCUCUGUGGCGGUCAUUGGAGAUCAUUUCAACCCUAGUCUUUGGUUUUGUGCAUAAAGAUCCGAAGUUUUACAGCACACAGUCCCCGGUCAGUGCAGCUGAGUUGCAGCGUAAGCAGAAGACUCCUCUGUAAAGCGGAAGGAUGUCCCCUGCCGAGGAGGAGGGGCCCCCGGGGUCCCGGCAGUGCGAGGAGGCGCGGGCCCAGCUGGAGGAGGCCAUCUCUGGGGUGAUGAGAGCAGAGAGCCAGCUGAGAGACAACGGCAGAGAGGUGCGCUGUGAGGUGCGCUCCUGUAUGAGCCGGCAGCAGGAGUCCCUGAGGUGCCGUGAGGUCUGGCUGCUGGGGCAGAUCGACCUGCUGGAGCAGCUGAAGGGCGACGCCCUGCACCACCAGCUCAACCACCUGCACUGGCUGAAGGGUCAGUUUGACGUCAUCGCUCAUCAGAUGGAGAAAUCCGCCCCCAACCGUGACCUGGCCAAUCAGCUCACCAGCUGUCUGGAGAAGCUCUCCUCUCUGAACCUGUCCCCUGAGGAGACCCCUGACCUGGGCUUCACGGCCGACACCCGCUCCCUGAAACAAGCGCUCACCUCAUUCGGUCGCAUUGCCACACGGCACCCGGAUGAAGCACCUGCUUUUAGCUCCUCCCCCUGCCCCGCCUCUCAGAGCCAGAGAGCCUUCCUCAUGCAGAGCUGUCCUGCAGCUCCCAAAAAACAGAAGCUGGAAACCGGAUCUCUGUCUAACUGGCUGCUGGGAAGCCGUCCAGUGACCAGCCCUCUGAUUGGCUACGAGUCCAGCAAAAACCCCCUGGAUUGGCUGGCGCCACAAAAGGAAGGGCAGCCCCCCUGUCCCCCGCCGGCCGUCUAUGACGUGGGCGCGGCCUGGGGUCACCUGAAGGACCUCGAGGCGUGGCUUCACCGCGCGCCCCUCCCCCGGGAACGGACCACGAGCUGCGGCAGCACCUGUAGCUCCUCCUCCUCCUUCUCCAUCGAGAAGAUCGACGAGUCGGAGUUCAACUUGGAGGAGGUGGAGGAGGAGGAGGGGGCGGAGCUGGACGACUGGCUCAUCACCCCCGCCGUCGCCACGGAGCCGGACGGUGAGAGCUGGAAGCAGGCGUUCCGGCCCUUCCACGAGAGCUGGACCCCCAGCGAGUGGCUGCCCAAGCCCUGCUCCUCCUGCUGCCAGGCCUCCACCGUCGCCGUGGAGAUCGAGAACCUGGGGAAGUUGGUGUGCCUCAAGACCCCUAGCCCCGCCCCCAGCCUCGCCUCCGGCCCCGCCUCCUCCAACCUGGAGGCGUGGCUGCAGGCGGUGGCGCCGGUGCAGACGGUGUGCCGGGCCAACGAGGCGUGCGGCAGUUACGCGGCGUGUGUGUGCGAGGAGAACUGUGGGCGCUCCGCCCUGAGCUCCUGGCUGCUCCGGCACGAGGGCCGCGACAAGAACGGCCUCCCGCUGGACAAGACACGCCCCAACCUGCACCCCGACAAGAACGCCCCGCCCCCCAAGGCCGCGCUCUACCACUCGGACCAGGAGCAGAAGGUCCAGGCCAUCCUGGAGGCCUGGCUCCACCCCAGCAAGAACUCCUCCUCCCUCUCCACCGAGACUGCACCGGGGCAGGAGAAGCACACCUCCUCCUCGGCCCCCUGGGAGAGCCCCUUCCUGAGGGCCCUGAAGGCGGACUGCUGGGUGGUGGGGCCGGGGUCCUGGGCAAAGGGUCACCGGGACGAGAACCAGGAGGAGAACCAAGAGGAGAAGCAGAAGGAGGACCAGAAGGAGGACCAGAAGGAGAACCAGGAGGAGAAGCAGAAGGAGGACCAGGAUGAGGCGCGCACUGAGCCGCAGGAGGACAAGUGGCUGCUGAGGAAGAGGAGCCAGCAGGAGCGUCUGGCCCUGCCCACUGUCUGCGACCUAUUCUCCUGCCUGAAGCUGGGAGGGGAGAAGGACAAGUGGCUCCACAAGGCGCCCGUACAGCUGUGAAUCCCGGUGCCUCUCGUAUCUUAGGAACCUCCCACUCGCUGCUGCUGAGCGCACAGCUGGCCCCGCCCCCCCCCCCCUGGACGGACACCCAGCACAGCCAAUCAGAGUCCAUGCGCCGUCCUCCACCUCUUCUGCUUUUAAAGAGCUUUUAGUUUGUAGGGAACGUGUAUUAUUAUAACUUUUCGAUGUCUGAUUUGACUCCUUCGCAAACCAGUGGUUUGAUUCUAUAAUAUUCUUUAUAAAUAUUACAUGUAUGAGGAUUGCCUCUGUUGUCUAGGAAAGAAUCAUAACCACUCAAAACAUAUUCAACUUUUAACAUUUUAUUUUAUUGGUUUUUAUUUGACCAGCUUGAUUAAGAUAGAGUUGUAUCCAACGGCCAGCGUUUCAACCUCUACUCCGACCCUCCCCCACCUGCACCACAACAUUAACCUCCGCCCCAGACGGACAUUAGUGUUUCAGAAUGAAACUAAUUCAAGGCGACAGGAAGUCCUGCCAACAUCUCUCCCCCCCCCCCCACUUCAUCAGCCAGGCCCCGCCCCCAUGGGGUACAAUGGGAUUUGGCAAAUUCUAUUUUUUCACACCCUUAUUUUGGCGGGACAGAACCGCCACUACACCACUUCCUCCUGAGGGCCGAACGGGCCUUCUGAGGCAGCGCUGUCCCGCUGCCUUCGCCUGAUAGGUGGAGCCUCUAGAACCUCUGUGUGGGCACCUGCCCUGACAGCUAUAAUCUACUCUGAUAUCUCUUCGAAUGGACUGCUCUGCCUAGCACUACUCAAUAAACGAUCACUCACUUUAAGGCAUGCUCUGUCUCGUCCUUCCUCAGCCGAGCUUCGU